GUAACCCAGACGCUUCUCCCCUUGCACACGGAGCGUGGUGAAGAUGGCGGAACACAAGUCGGUGCCCAGCGACCUGUACAAGUGUGUGUACUCCUUUCUGCUGGAGAACAAGUUCACCAAGGCGGCGCAGCAGUUCCUCAAGCAGACCAAAGUGCAGAAUCCACAAGAUCAAAAUGAAGAAAGCCUCGUCAACAUCUACAACUUCUGGGUGAAGUCUCCUGAAGCCAGGAAACGAAAAGCCCCUUCCAGCAAGGCUGAAGCCGCAAAUGGGCCAUCAGCCAAGAAGGCGAAACCCAGCACGGAGACCUCCAGCAGUGAGGAGUCAAGCAGCGAGGAGGAGGAAGCUGCUCCUCCACCGAAAAAAACAACUCCAGCAGCAGCUAAGGCUGUGCCUGCUAAAGCAGCAGCAGCAGCAGCAGCCGCUAAAGCUGCAUCUAGCAGCAGUGAGGAUUCAAGUGGCUCUGAAGAUGAGUCCACAAAUGCAAUGGCUCCUGCAAAGGCUCCAGCAAAGCCCCCUGCAGCAGCAGGUGGUACAAGGAAGAAGGACAGCAGCUCUAGCAGUGAGGAGUCUGACUCUGAAGACGAGCAGCCAGCUAAAGUCCCUGCACCCAAACCUAAGGCUGGUACGGUCACAACACCCAAAGUUGCCACCACCACUAAAGGUGCAGCUCAGAAAAAGCAGGAGAGCAGUAGCAGCGAGGACAGUUCAUCUGACUCUGAAGACGACAAACCAGCUAAGGCACCAGUAAAGUCACCAGCCCAAGUGAAGACCCCCGCUGCUCCUGCUAAAGCUGCUCCUGCUAAAGCUGCUCCUGCUAAAGCUGCUCCAGCUAAAGCUGCUGCUGCAGCUGAGUCCAGCAGCGAGGACUCUUCAUCUGAUGAAGAUGAGGCUCCUCCCACCAAAAAGCCUAAAGCAGGAGCGUACAGUGCAGUCCCACCUCCUGCUGCAGUCCAGAAAGCUCCGGCUGCAGCAGCAGCCAGCAAGGCUAAGGACAGUGACUCCUCAGACAGCAGUGAUGACAGCAGUGAUGAAGAGGAGAAGAAAGUGACGGCUAAACCUGCUCCUGCAAAGUCCACCCCUGCAAAAUCCGCCCCUGCAAAGGCUGCCCCUGUUAAACCCAGCGCACCUAAAACUGCUGCAAAGAAGCAAGACUCCAGCUCAGAAAGUUCAGAUUCAAGCUCAGAUGAAGAAGAGGAAAAGAAACCUGCAGCCAAAGCAACUGCGGCUAAAGCAGCCCCGGUCAAAGCUGCCCCAGCCAAGGCUGCCCCAGCCAAGGCUGCACCUGCUGGGGAGGAGGAAGAUUCAUCUAGCUCAGAGGAGGAAGAGGAGGAGGUGAAGCCUUCAGUGAAGGUGACCCCCGCUAAGCCUGUCCCAGCUAAAGUCACACCUGCUAAGAAAGACUCUUCCUCAGAAGAAGACUCCAGUUCAGAGGAGGAGGAGGAGGUGCCGAAGAAGCCCAUAGCUAAAGCUGCACCUGCCAAGAAACCCCCAGCUAAAAAAGACGACUCGUCAAGCUCAGACUCAGAAAGCAGUUCUGAAGAUGAAGCCCCAGCAAAACCUGUUGCUAAAUCUGCUGCCCCAGCAAAACCUGCUGCUAAAUCUGCUGCCCCAGCAAAGCCUGUUGCUUCCACCCCAAAAACCCCAGCCAAGGCUGCCGAGAGCAGCUCUGGGUCAGAGGACUCUUCUGAUGAGGAAGAGGAACCUGCUAAAGCCAAGCCAGCUGCAGCUAAACCAGCAACCCCGGCCUCAAAACCUGCUACCCCUGCAGCAAAGCCUGCUGCUGCUGCAGCAGAGAGCAGUUCUGACUCUGAUGACUCCUCUGAAGAUGAAGAAGAACCACCCAAAGCCAAGCCAGCUGCAGCUAAACCAGCUGCCCCGGCCUCAAAACCUGCUACCCCUGCAGCAAAGCCUGCCGCUGCAGCAGAAAGCAGUUCUGAAUCUGACUCCUCCUCUGAAGAUGAAGAACCAACCAAGGCCAAGCCAGCUGCAACAAAACCAGCUCCUUCAGCCUCAAAACCUGCUACCCCCGCCUCAAAAAUCGCUACUCCUGUUAAAAAGCCUGCUGCAGCAGAAAGCAGCUCUGAAUCUGAGUCCUCCGAAGAUGAAGAAGAACCAGCUAAGGCUAAGUCAACAGCAGUGAAGCCAGCUGGUUCAGCAUCAAAGCCUACCACCCCUGUAGCAAAGCUUGCUGCAGCAGCAGAAAGCAGCUCUGACUCUGGCAGUGACAGCUCUGAUUCUGAAAAUGAUGCUGCUGUCAAACCUGCAGCCAAGAAACCAUCUGCAGUAGCAGAGGCUGCCAAGCGUCCUGCCCCUGCUGCUCCUGUCACCAAGGCUCCUGCUGAUUCUAGCCGUGGUGCCUCCGAUAGCUCCAGUGAUGAUAGUUCCAGUGAUGAGGAGGACAAAAAGAAGGCAGCACCAGUGCCCAAGCCAGCAGCUGCGAAGGCACCUGCAGCCCCAGCAAAGAAGACAGAAGAGAGCAGCUCUGAGUCUUCUGACAGCUCUGAGUCUGAGACGGAGGCCAAGACCACACCUGCCAAGCCUGCAGUCACCAAUGGCAAGGCAGCAACACCCAAGACAGCCACCCCAGCAGCCAAGGCUCCAGCCAAGCCAACUGAGUCCUCAUCGAGUGACAGCAGCUCUGAAGAAGAGGAAGAGGCCAGUAAAAAGACUAAAAAACCUGCUACCCCAGCUGCACCUACCAAGACGCCCCCAGCAGCCGCAGCUAAACCUAAAGAGAGCAGCAGCUCCUCUGAAAGUUCAUCAGAUGAGGAUGAACAGACCACUAAAGCAGCCACAGCACCCACCACCCCCACAACAAAUGGCACAAAUGGCAAGAGAAAAAGAACUGGAGAGUCAUCUGAAGAGGACGAAGCUGAAGACAAGACUCCCAAAACCAAGAAAGCAACAAAAACGCCACAGACCUUUCCUAAAGUCAAGCAGAAGUCUGCCAAUGUACCUUUCCGUCGAGUAAGAGAAGAGGAAGUAGACGUUGAUGACCGUCUUGCAGACAACUCUUUUGACGCAAAGCUUGGAGCCAACGGUGACUGGGGCCAGAAAGCUAAUGAUGUGCUCAGGUUCACCAAAGGCAAGUCCUUCCGCCAUGAAAAGACAAAGAAGAAGAGGGGCAGCUACCGAGGAGGAGCCAUCUCCACUUCGGUCAACUCCAUCAGAUUUGACAGUGACUGAGGACCUUCUCACACCUCACACACCCAUCCAAACUCCUGUACCUCAGGACUGUCAGUUGUCUGUCCUCUGUACAAACUCCUCCCUGACCAUCAUCACCACACUUCUUACAGUAGCAGCAGCAAACUGACAGAAGAAUGUGAACCCUUGUGGUGAGUGGGCACUUAGAUGUGAUUCUCUGCUAUUAGUUUGUAACGGGAGACUAUUUGCUUCAACUCACCUGAAACCAACGGUGUAGUGCGUUUAGUGGUGGCAGGAGAGGUAUAUCCUCUGCUGGACAGAUUAUCAGAGCUGAUAUCCAGGCACUGCAGUUACCACUUGUAGCCACUAGGUGGCUGUAGGCCACCAGUUAAUGUAAAGAUGCUUAUUUGCGUUUUGGCUCCUUUGUUGCUUAUUUUGACUUUGUUAACCUGUACUGUUUUUCUCAUUCAACAAGCGUCUCUCUUUAUGUCCUUAUAACAUAAAAAUUGGAGCUAAUUUUACUUGUAUAUCUAUGUUGAAAGGACAUCAGCCAUUCAUCUCGACAGGUUCUUUAUCUGAGGAAGGAAAGGCUGAAAUGGAUUUUUUUAUACCUUACAUAGAUUGUUGGAAUUUGGUUGGCUUGUGCUUUUUUGUUUGGCCACCUUUCGGUGUGGAGAGGAUGUGAAACUUGGGCUUCGUCUCUAUGUGAACAUUUAACGACCUACGUUUUAUAUUAAGUAUUUAUUUAAAUGUUUUAUUCCAUUUCAACCUUGAGGACCUCAGAUUUUUUUCCAUGUCAUUCUCAAGCCAUUUUUCUUAGUCUGUGUUUUUUUUUUUUCCCUCAUGCUGAAGUGAGACUGCCCCUUUAAACCCACCAAACUACUGGAUCAAUGGUGUGGAAUUUACUUUAUUCACCAACAUGAUUGACAGCUUGUGGGUUUCCAUACCACCCACCAUCAAGUUGUCUCAAUUUGAAUUUACUGUUAAAACUUUUGUGUACGACCUGUCUCUUUUCUUAUUGAUUCUUGCAACUGUAAUUAAAGAUUUGACAGAUUAA